GGUAGACGCCCUCUACUGGUACGAUACGUGGCAGAAUAAAUGAAAACGUCAACGGAGUCAGAGAGCUGAACUAAAAUUUUGUGACAUAAAUACCUCUUUUCCACCAAUUCUGAUACUACAAAAUACACUAUGAUCUCAAAUAUUCUUAUAUUCGGGACUCUAAUGAUAAAUGCUGGAGCAGUGUUGAACUUCAAGUUUAAAAAGAGAGGUGACAAAGUUGGCUUUGAUGACAAUAUUGGAGAACCAACAACAGGUGAUAAAGUUCGUGAAUUUCUUCUGAAUCUGAGAUACUUCAGGAUAUUCAUUGCUUUAUGGAACAUAUUGAUAAUGUUUCUCAUGUUGGUAUUCUUUGGAUCAUGACGCUUUGGUCACGAACAUCAUGAUAAGGCCUGGAAUACAGUCUGCAAUAGAACAAUACACAAAGUGAUCGGUUGCACUUCGUGGAAAACAUUGUGAUAUCUAUCCAUUUGGACUGUGUUGAAAGACAGGAGAAACAAGAAGGCAAUACCUUGAUGAAAGGAGCUAUAUCGGAGACACCUCCUCAGUUGGAGACUCUGCUGCUCUAUGUGUGGAGUUGACACUUGGUAUAGACCACUGAAGAUGUUACAGCCGCUAAUGUAUGUGCCUUUGAUGUUGACAUCUUUAGGAUGAAUACUCCAGGAUCAGUAGCUCUCGCUUCAAUUACUCCUCUGCAUAUGCUACAAGAGAAUCCUUUAUGAUAGGUAGUCUAAUAGUCUGCAGGCACAAACCCUGAUUAACACAUGAAUCAACAAGUGGGUCCAGUGACAAGUCUAUUUCAAGUUCCAAAUUGUACAUAGUUACAAUGUAGGAAAUCUUAGUAUAUAACUUUGAUUCAACUUAUUUACCUUUAAUGUAGAACACUUUUCACAAGUAGGGAUUUGCGCGUGCAAAAUAGAUGGUAGAGGCUUGAAACUAAGGCAAAGUCAGAACAUUGAAUGACCUUGAAACAACCGCAAGAAGUAAAUCAGUCGAUAGUGUUAGUAAACCAUUUAAAACAUUUUCAGUUGACAGGGAUUAAGACUAGCCUAAUUAUUACUAACAUUCAUGUCUUACACUUAUGAAAUAGGCUUCAAGUUACAUCAUUAAAUGAUUUUCUUUACAAAGAUGUCUUGAAGAAGACUAAGUGAGAUAACAGUUUCUGCAAAAUUUGGAUAGUCAUUAGAGGGUCAAUAAAUCCCAUCCCAGUGCGAGAUUUUUUCUUUAUUCAUGACCUUAACUUAACCUUGAAACAUGAGCAAACUGCCCUUUUGUGUGUUUUCAGAAAAAAUGUCUACUCUCCAAUGGUCAAUUUGCGGUAAUAUAAAAAUAAUUGAUCAAUUUAUUUGCUCUAGCAAAUCCAUAUCAUAUUACCAUUUGGUCUCCAUGUCACUUCUAAUUCCCAUGGAGUGGCGCCGGGGUAUGAUGGGGGGGGGGGGCAUCAUCUUCAAAGAAGGUAUGCGUAAACUUGUUUUGAAACCUUCAUUUUACCCCAGACAAUUGCACCCUAUAAGAAAAAUAUGAAAAACCUUAUAAAGGAGAUAUUCUGGUCAAAUAUUUAUUGCUCUCAUGCUUUUCUGCAUGAAAGGAGGUACGUUAUUAUUGACAUUUUUCAAAUAGUUUGAGACAGUUCCUUCACAGUUCAAUCUUAUGUCCAGAACUUCUAUAGGAUGGCCUAUUAGUUCUGAACUUCUGACCCUAAAUUCACAAUUUACACACAAAAAAGUGUCCCUGAGUCAUUAAAUAAUUUUUAAGCAUCCACUUUUUAAGUUUUAUGGUACAUAUUAUUUUAUAUCUGUUUUCUUGGAUCAUUUGCUUUGCUAUAAAUGACUAAGUUAUGUUUAAUUAUAGUUAUAAUUUCUGGGUCAAGUGCAGUACAAUUAUAAAUAUGAUGGCUUUGGAAUACUUCCCCCUACCUACUGAAUCAAAGGAAAGUGUAAAAAUUCUUAGUCUUUUGGCAUGUAAAUCAAAAUGAAAAUGAAGAAGUUGUUAUGUUUAUUUGUUGAAUUAUAAUGAUUUCCUCCUUCGUCCUUUGCUUUAGCAUAUAGCUUUUUUUAUAUUUGAACAAAAAAGGUGUAAAAUAUUUAUGCUGUACAUUUAUAUCACCAUAUGACUUAUGACCUUUUCUAUGGAAUAAAGUUAUAAAUAAUAAUGAAGAAAUUA